AUGCAUCUUGAAGAUUAUAAUCAAAGAGUAAUGAGAUUGUUAAUGACUUGUAAAGAUGCAAUGCAAUGGAAGGAUAGUGUAGUAUUCCCAAGACUACCCUCAAUUAAUACAAUAACAUCUUACAAGAAUGAUGGGAGGAUCAAUCAAAUACCAAAACGAUUCCAUCGAGUAUCUAUCAGGGAUGUUGAGGGUCGAGAUUAUUUCAAAGAGAAUCAAGAUGGUUUAAUCAAUCACCAUUGUAAAGUACUGAAUUAUAACAUUUUCAAUGAUAAUCUACCAAUACUGCCUGCUGGAUUGAUACCAGAUCACUUUACAAAGAUUAUAGUUUAUGGACUGAUCGAGGUUGGAUCAAUCCCACCUUUUACAACUCACCUCUAUCUAGAGUCAAAAACAAGUGACCGACAAGAGAUUUACAAACAACUAUUCCCAGAAACAUUAGAGGUACUAGAUAUCUCAAAUGGAGUGAUUGGGAAAUCAAACUCUAAUAUUGAUGAUCUUUUACCACCCAAUAUAAAGAAACUUUUUAUAGAAGCCUUUUUGGUACAUCCCUAUCUCUUUAAACUCAAACAACUCAAUUGUCUCACCAUAAAAAAAGUCUGUGAUGUUUACUAUCAUCAUCAUACCAAAUGCCUCUAUGCCUCUUGCCAUCUAGAACCAACAACACUCUUGGCAGGAUCCAUUCCCUUAUCGGUCACUACUCUUUUUUUAGAUGGCUAUUUUGAGGUUGAAAAAGGGGCUAUCACAUCUUCUGUGACUACCUUGGGGCUGGUUGAUACUGAUCCACCAAAUUAUUCAAACUUGCCAGCAGAUAGUAUUUCCACACUAUUUAUCAUUGGACUCAAAGACCAACUCGAUGCAACACUAUACCCAAAGAGUAUAAAGUAUUUUGGUAUUUAUGGUGAAUAUGAAUUCGCACUCAAAUCAUGUAUUCCACCAUCGACAAAAUAUUUUGACUAUCAAAAUUCUGAUACAUCAAAAAUUAAAUUCCAUUCAAAUGAUAUUCCAAAUGGAGUUACUCAUAUUAGAUUGGGUUGUCAAUUUGAUGAAUCUUUAGUACCUGGAUUUAUUCCAGAUAGCUGUGAAUAUUUAGAAUUUUCAUCCAUCUAUGAUAGAGAACCAUUUUGGUGGUCUUGCCAAAGAGUUUAA